UCAGUUGUCCCGUCAUUGUCAAAUAUUUAAAAAUAUUUGUUUUCUUUUCGAGAUUUCUCGUAUUCAAGUUUUCGCUUUUUAACAAAGUUUUGAAAAUGGAAAAUAAGCAAGAAGUAUCCUUAGUAGUCGAUGGUCAAGUUUUCAAAGUAAAAAAAGACAUGUUAAGUGAGCAUAGUGAUUAUUUUCGAGCGAUGUUUGGCGGGAAUUAUGUUGAAAAUGAACAGCACGAAAUCUCCAUGGAUGUUGUGGAUGCCAAUUCCAUGAACAUUAUACUAAGAUAUAUGGAAUUAGGAUUGAUAGACAUAUCAGAGCAUUCUUUAGCCACUGUUGGGGACCUCGCAAUUGCUGCAAAUUUUCUACAAAUAACAGAACUGACUAAACAAAUAGAUUAUUGUCUAGAGCUGCAAUUAUCAUUGUCCAAUUGGAUGGAGAUCAAAGAAAUUGCACAAAAUGCUGCAUCGGUGAAACUUGAACAGGCUGCGGUAAUUUACGGUCUUUUCUCCUUUAAAUCUAUGAAGCCAGAAUAUGUUCCAAAUAUAAAUAAAUUAUUCUGGUAUUUAUCACAUCCAUACUUGGACAUAGAGUCUGAACUGCAAGUGUUUAAAUUCGGAUUGAAAUGGAUUGAACACCAAGAGAUGGGUGCGGAUGCAUUACUUAUAAUACUUUGCUGUAUAGAUAUGGAUAGAAUUACAAAAGAAGAACUAGAAGCAAUGAAAGAUCUAACAAAAGAUUACGUAAAUAGUUUAACCGAAAAAAUAAUUGCUUGUUUGCACAAAUUAGCAGCUGAUUAUGAAUUAACUCUGUCAGCAAUAAAACAGCAUAAACAAAUAUUAUGUGAAUUGUAUACGCUCAAAGUUUACACUGAAGUACUGAAUUUAGUUAAGGAAAGUAUUCACCGUAAACUGAGGUUUACAGCGGCAGUGCCAAUGUGGUCUAACAAAGACAAGGCACCAGAAAAGUCACCAAAUUAUUUAUUUACGUACUCAAAGGAGCCAGGUUUACAAAAAUGGAUGGAGGUAGCGGAAACAAACUUAUGGGGGUGGAACAUAGCCUCGUGGAGUCGUACGAAGAUUGUUGUACUUUGUGGGGAAUAUGGGAGAGGAACGGGUAUUUUUAUGAAGGAUGUGAAAGUAUAUGAUAUUCAUAAAAAUGAGUGGAUUCAACAUGGAGUACAGUUGCCUGUUCGAAGGCAUGCUGGCGUUGUGGUUAUUGAGGACUCAUUGUAUAUACUUGGAGGCGUUGGCGCAUUUAGGAUAAUUUCAGACUCCGCCAUCAUAUACGAUCUAAAACAGAGGACUUACAGAAAAAUAGCCAAGUUACCUGAUCCAGUGCAGUCUCCCGCGGCCUGCGUCCACGAGAACACAGUUUAUGUGAUAGGCCACAAACAUAUAUACAGAUACGAAGAUAACGGAGACCACGACCGAUGGCUUCGAGUUAUUGAAACAGAUAUGACGCCGAAGUUUCUAGUGUCUUUCAAAGGAUAUAUUUAUGUAUCACAGUGCUAUUUUCCGAAUCUGUAUAGAUUUCGACCGAAUGUGGAUAAGGUUUUAGAACAAGUUGCGUGUUUCAGUCAUUCUCCUAUGGCUAUUUGUAAUUUAGGGAACUGUCUACUAGCAGUAACCAGCUCAGGUGACAGCUCAACAGACAUAAUGACAGUUGAAGAGUACCCCAGUCCUACCAGUGACCGGAGCACCAAAGUCCUCUGGAGUAUGACAGGCUCGGAGUAUGGAGUGAACCCAGCUGGGGCGUGCUCCGUCGUGAUGACGAUACCGCCUGUCAACCCUGACGUAUCAGCUUAUCAUGAACGAUAUUUAACUAUGUAUGGAUAGUGGGAAGACUUUCAAUAAUGAUGCGUGAAUUUUUCACAUCGGAAUUGCAGCGACGAGGCGAGUACUUUUCAGUAUAAAAUAAUGUCGUGCUCGCUGCCGGCCGCUGCCAUUUCGGUGUGACUCGGGCCAUAUUUCAACUUCUACCUAGCGUUUGCCCAACUAUUGGGGUUGGUUUGCAGUCUAACUGGAUGCAGCUGAGUACCAGUGCUCCGCUACCCAGUUAGGUACUUUUUGGGAAGACUGAUUGUCAACCUUUCUGGCUUAAAAAAGUGUUGCAUAUUUAAAGCAAGGAAUUGUAAGUUAAAUAAAACAAAGAAAAAUGUUAUUCAUUUACAUUUAUUACGUCAUUCAUUUACAAACAUACUCAAAAAUUAUUAAUUAAAGUACAUACAAUUUGUACAGAACUCCACAAUAAAAUAAGGCAGAUAAUGUUAAUACUCGAUAAUAUUAAUCUAAUUUUAUGAUACUUAAUUAAAUAAAAAUGACAGCAUUAUAUGCGAUCUCAAUGAGACUAGUAGUCAACAAUAAUAAAAUAAUCUUUGCAAUUAAUUAGGUAUACAACAUGAAGCCAAAACAUUAAUCUAGAAUUAAUUUGUCACUGGUAUAAAAUAACUUAUUUUAUGUGCCUAAAAUACCGAUGUUAUUUACAAUGAAUAAAGAACAAAAUACGAUAAAAUCUUCUAUACUUGUUUUUCUAGUCCUAAAAUGUAAACAAUUUUCUUAUUUUAAUUUCAAACACCAAAGUAUUUCAUUGUUUAAAUUGAUGUUUGUAUUGAAGAUUUUUCAUAUUUUUUACACUUUAAGACAUGAAAACAUAGUACAGAUAGUAUGUUAAGGCCACCCAAUGUUAUGUAUGGGCACAUACACUAGUUGAAUGAUACAGCACCAAAUGGAUCAUAGUCACACAUCAAAAGUGUUAUUAUGUCAAAUAAUGGCACUCCCACACAAUCUAACGCUACAAUUUAUUAAACAUUAAAGUUUAAACUUAUCAUAUUUAAAAGCUCAUAUCCAUCGCAUGUUUCUUACAGCUAACAUUAAAAACAAUAAAGUGAUGUAUUAAUGUA